AUGACGAUUAAUCAAGUCUCGAAGAUAUGUUAUGUGGGUGCCGGUUAUGUUGGCGGUACGAGUGCAGCAGUGAUGGCACUAGCGAAUCCAGGAAUCCAAGUCAUCGUCGUUGACACUAGUAGGGCCAAAACCGAUCGCUGGAACUCGAAGCAUGUACCCAUCAAUGAGGCCGGCCUGGACCUUGUGAUUCGCAUCACCCGAGACGGCUUAAGUGAGCAUGAUUCAGCGCAACCCCAACGUGCGGCAAACUUGGUCUUCUCUACAGAUUGUAGUCGUCAUGUCAGAGAGGCAGACAUAAUCUUUCUUACUGUCAGCACCUCCACGAAAGACUAUGGGGAGGGCGCUGGGGCUGCGAUCGACAUUGGAGACCUCAAGAUAGCGGUGGAGACCAUUGCAGUUGCAGCAAAACCUGGGGCCAUCAUUGUGGAGAAGAGUACAGUCCCUUGCAAGACUGCACAAAUGAUUCAAGAUAUACUCCAAUAUCACCGGCCAGGAGUUCCUUUCGAAGUUUUGUCUAACCCUGAAUUUCUUGCCGAAGGAACCGCGGUAAUGGACCUUUUACGCCCCUCCCGCGUCCUCAUAGGAUCAGGCAAGACAGCAUCGGGACUUGCAGCCGCGGAAAAACUUGCUUCUCUCUACCACUGGAUUUCGCCCGAAAAGAUAUUACGAGCCAACCACUGGUCUGCCGAGCUAGCGAAAUUAGCAUCGAACGCAAUUCUGGCACAAAGGUUAAGCAGCAUCAACACCAUCGGUGCAAUGUGUGAAGCCAUAGGUGCAGACAUAACCGAAGUUUCUCGCGCCGUCGGCAUGGAUCCGCGAAUCGGACCUUCCUACCUCCAGUCAGGUCUCGGCUUUGGAGGCUCCUGCCUUAGAAAGGAUACGCUCGGACUUGCUUACCUAGCUGAGGUAGAUCGCUUUGUCGAAAGGGUCAUUCAGUCAUUCCAUGGGACUUUGAGGGGCAAGAAGCUGGUAGUGUUUGGCUAUGCGUUCAAGGAGAACAUAUCUGAUUCGCGAGAAUCACAGUCUAUUCAAGUAAUUAGGCAGCUUCUGCUCGAGCAACCAGAAGAGAUCACUGUCUACGAUCCUGGAUGCGAUCUAGAUUUCAUGCAGGAUGAACUGUUGCGUACUCUCAGCCCCAUGAAUAGUCCAGUUAAAACGUACCAAAAUCCCUACGAGGCUUGUGAAGGAGCGUCUGCAGUAUUGAUACUUACCCCCUGGGAAGCAUUCAAAGCAAGGUCAAGCCCAUGGUGUCAACCAGUCAAUUGGGGAAGCUUGUUGAAGCAUAUGAAACAGCCAAGAUGGGUAUUUGAUACUAGGAGGCAGGUGCAAGCGGAAGAAUUGGAGAAACUAGGCUGCAAGGUUGUUACCCUAGGGCGAAGCAGUUUCGGUGCUUGA